GCAGAGCAGAAUCUGGAAGGAGUGGGCAGAAGAAUGGACGAGUUUCGCAGUGAGCUGUGCAGUGGGAUUGGAGGCAUGAAGUACGGCGACCCACGUGAUAGUGGGAAAGGAAUUAUCCUCAGCCGUCGUCAGAAGAAGAAGCUCGCUCGUCAACGUAGGGAAAAUCAAGAUCAAGAUGGCAUCCCAGCAAACAACAUGAGCAAGAGCGGAGCCAAGGGUUUACGGUCAGUCGAUUCUGGACACGGGAAAAUAAAUGGACAAAUUAUCACCAGUGCCCCCGCACUACGCCUGCAUUCCGAGAUGAACAUAACGAACAGAAUCCUUUCGAUAUUUCUCAGUCCAUAUAUCUUAAGUUCAAAUCAGCUUCUACAGCUAGGCUACCCGGUCGAGAGUCGCGUACAUCCUGGGAAAGCAGUUAUCUACAAAGACCCUACUGUUUACGCACUCUUCCAACGGGGCACAACUUCCUCACGAUUAAACGUCAAUGCUACUGAAUUCGUUCCUUUACGGCGGAUGGAAAAUUGCCAACAGGAAUCCCAUGCCAUCACAACAACAAGAAAGACAUCAAAUAUCAUGGAAAACGAACAUCGGCUAUUAGAGAAAGCAGUAAGUGAAACUGAAGGCAAUCAGAACAGUGAUACGUUUAGUGCUAACCGUGGUGUCGCUGCAUUUCCCUGUGAUAAGAAACUCAGCUACGAACGCUACGAAGGAGGGCGGUGUGAAGGUACUAGAAGACCUAGCGGAGACAGGAGUGACAGGAGUGUGAAAUUUCAAGGCGUGACGGAAGUGGAGGACAGUAAAUCACCAAACGGUACCCUGAAGAGCGAGGGCGAAGAUCAACAGUUGAGUGAUAUUAGUGAGAAGAAGUGUGUCCGCUGUGGUCGUGGAUUCUGUUUAACAAUGGAGGGGAAAUACGCGACUCAAGAAAAGUGUAUUCAUCAUUGGGGCAAGAUAGAGAACGCAGUGGCACCCCAGUUGCCCCAGCCCCACAAGGUCGGUGUCGUGGGUCCUGUGAGAACAAUAAGACGUUACAGUUGCUGUGGAGGUAAACCAAAUUCAGGUGGGUGUAGUGUGGGACAACUACAUGUGUGGAAUGGCUUCGGCCCCGGAGUGAACGACUCACUUGAUGGUUAUGUUCAAACUCGUGUUCGUAAGACAUUUCCACCUGAUGGGAAUUUUGGUAUCUAUGCAGUAGACUGUGAGAUGUGUUACACAGCACAUGGCACUGAAAUAAUUAGAGUGACUGUGGUGGCGUCCGAUGGUCAUCUCGUGUACGACAGGUUGGUGAAGCCAGAGAGCGACGUUAUAGAUUAUAACACGAGGUUUUCAGGAAUCACGGCACAUGAUCUCAAUGAGAAUGCCACAAAAUCAUUACGGGAUGUCCAGAACGAUUUAAUGGGCUUCAUAAAUGCAGACACUAUACUUGUGGGUCAUGGAUUAGAGAAUGACCUUCGUGCCCUGCGCAUUAUCCACGGCAGGGUCGUCGAUACAUCUGUAAUAUUUCCUCACUCUAAUGGUCUUCCAUAUCGUCGGUCCCUGAAGACACUCGUAAGCGAGUUCUUGCAGAGAGAUAUUCAGCAGGAUUCAUCUGGACACUGCAGUUUUGAGGAUGCAAGGGCCUGCAUGGAACUGAUGUUGUGGAGGAUCAGAACAGAUUUUAACUGCAUUUUUCAAAGUGGUGUACAAAAUUUUUUGCAGUUGCAGAAUAAAUUUGCAUGUAUAUGCUUUUAACAGA